AUGGUCCUGAGUGGGGCGCUGUGCUUCCGAAUGAAGGAUGCGACACUGAAGGUGCUUUAUCUGCAUGAUAACCAGCUUCAAGCCGGAGGGCUGCAAGCAGGGAAGGUCAUUAAAGGUAAGGAGAUCAGCGUGGUCCCCAGUCGGUAUCUGGAUGCCAAGCUCUCUCCAGUCAUCCUGGGCGUCCAGGGUGGGAGCCAGUGCCUGUCGUGUGGGACGGGGCAGGAACCGACCCUGAAACUAGAGCCAGUGAACAUCAUGGAGCUCUACCACAGUGCCGAGGAGUCCAAGAGAUUCACCUUCUACCGGCGGGACACGGGGCUCACCUCUAGCUUGGCCGCCUACCCGGGCUGGUUUCUCUGCACCGUGCCCGAAGUGGACCAGCCUCUCCGGGCCACUCAGCUCCCGAAGGACACCAGCUGGGAUGGCCCCAUCACCGACUUCUACUUCCAGCAGUGUGACUCGGGCAACACGCCCCCAGCGCUGCGGGGCGGGCCAGCUUGGGCAGGGCCAGGAGGUGUAGGAAGAGACCCGUGCUGA